AUGUCCUCCGACGCGUGCUGGAAUGUGCUCCCCACCGAGAUGAAGCUCGCCGUCGUCGGCCUCCUUGAUGCCAGCGACGCCUGGCAGCUCGCAAACACCAGCAUGGAGUCUUACGCCCUCGCACUUCCCGUUCUCUUCCGGACCGUCCACAUCCAAAGCGCCGAAGCGUUGCACGUCUACGCUGAUGCCGUCCCAAAAGCCCACAACCGGCACAUUCGCCAACUGACCAUCUCCACCAAACGCGCUACCCAGCGCCGAUCCGCUCAGCCCCUCCGUGUGACCGACGCACUGGUCGAAAUCCUCCCCCACUGCUCACAGGUGGAGCAGCUGACGCUCAAGCUCGCCGCUUCCUUGACCAAGGCUGUGAUCCCCUGCUUCGAAGCACUCGCUGCGCUCGAGUCCUUGUGCAUUGGCCAUUGCGGCGAUGCUGCCCGCUUCCCUCUGAGCGAGCGCCUCGUUGUUUCCAUCGCGGCCUCCGUCCCCAACCUUCGCCACCUCUCGCUCGACCACAUCACUCGCUCGGCCAUCCACGCGCCCGACCUCGUCGGUGCCCGCCCCUUCGUCCCGGUCGUGAAAGGAGACGAGGACGUGCCGGACCACCCCCUGCUCGGCCACGAGCUCCGCCUGCCCGCCCUGCUCCGCGUCCCCACCCUCAAGAAGCUCCGCAUCAAGGACACCCACCUCGGCGACCCCCAGUGGGAGACGAUGCCGGUCCGGUGCGCGCUCGAGGUGCUCGACCUCGGGAGCUGCUACCACGAGUCGACAGACUACAACCGCACGUGCACGGAGCGCAUCAUGGGCAACAUCGGCCACACCGUCGACGAGUGCGCGCUCAACACCGCGCUCACCCCCGAGACGUUCGCGCACGCGAAGAGCGCGGAGCGCCCCCGCCCGCUCACGCGCCUCCGCCGCGUGCACCUCACCCCGCUCUUCCCGGUCGAGAACGUCGUGGACACGCUCGCCGCGCUCGCGGAGUCCCCCGUGGAGCGGCUGUCGGUCGAGUGCCACGCGGACGACGUGGUGGACAUGUGCGACGCGCUCACGGACUUCCUCCACCUCCGCGUCGCGCAGGGCGACAAGGGCUUCUACCGCCACCUGCUCGAGAUCUCGUUCUCCACCGUCUCCGACCUCGCCGACGCGUUCGACAUCGGCCUGGGCGCGCGCGCGGCGGCGUUCCGCCGCGCUCCCGAAGACCUCCCUGCAGACGCCGCGGAGGCGGUCCGGCGCCUGAUGGCGUACUGCCAGGAGCUCCGCCUCGGCGCCGCGAAGGAGGACAAGAAGCCGGUCACCGUCAUGGGCCGCGGUCGGAGCGCGAGCGCGCCCGCCGUCCUCUUUGCGUAG